AUGCACUUUGCGAAGCACUCCGCGGCUAACGCGCUUAUCGAUGGCUGGAAAUCUGUCGAGUUGUGUCAAGCUUACAUUCUCAUGAGCAUUUAUGCUGUCCCGGCUCGUAGGUGGGAGGAAGACAGAAGCUGGUUGUACACAGGACUUACGACGCGGAUUGCUACAGACUUGAAUUUGCAUCAGGUGUCUACGACACAGCCCCAGACGGAGCGCCAGGAGCGGGAGAUGUUGAAUCGCGCUCGCGUGUGUAUGAUAUGUUUUAAUAUCGACAAAUCAACUGCUACGCAGUUUGGCAAGCCCUCGAUGACUAAGGAGGACUAUAUCACUCGUCAUUCCGCGGACUGGUACAAACAGUCUCGUUCCAGGGACAAGGUGUGUUUCCAAUCUAUCGUUUCGUUUUCCUUUCGCAUUUCUUAG